CGUGAGAUUCACAACAUGAUUGCGGGCUCGCUCGGCUACGAAUUUUCCUGGAUACAGCCCCUCCGUAUUGAUGGUCACUGGCUCAGGCAGAUUCCUUUCCAGUACGAUUAUAACGAAGGACACGAAGAGGAAAAACGUAAGAACGAAGAGGAGAUGCUGGGUAUCGUGUGGCAGUACAUCCUGCUUCUUCGAAACAGCCUUGUUCUCGAAAGAUAUAUCGCUAGACGAAGUCCUACGUUGGUUAGAAAUCGAACGACACGUUAUAUUGAGCAGAGGAUACGGAGAAAACGUGUUGAACUGUCAGUGUUCAGAGCCCAUUACAGAUUAUUUCCACUGUACGGCUAAUUUACAUAUUUACACAAAUCGAUACAACGAUCGACCUCCGUCAAUUUGUGCCGCUUGUUGAUGUUACUCGUGUCUGAUUGAACAAUGGAUGACAUGAGUGACAAAUCGCAGAAACUUCAGUCAAAUGAGGAAGUCAUAGAGGAGCUCACCAAAAAUUUGGAAGGUUCUUGUAUCAAAUUAGACAAAAAUUUGACGGAUGAUGAAAUUCGUUUCAAGCUAGACCUAACGGAUGAUUCAUGGAAUGUCACAGAUAAAGAGCACAAUGAGGAUAACAAUGGGGAUGAUAAUGUAGAGAGUACAGAUUUUGUCGAAGAAAAUAUAGAGGAAGAGCUCAAAGACAGAGACUUAUUGCUUACGGAACCUGAAAAGGAGACACUGAAAUGCGAAGCAGAGAAUUUAAAACAAGCAGGCAACGAUUUUUUUAAAAAUAAUGAAUAUACACAGGCAAUAUCGCAAUAUACACAAGGAUUGCGAACUUGUCCCUUGGCGUACAGUAAAGAAAGAUCUAUAUUGUAUGCGAAUAGAGCAGCAGCAAAAGCAAAAUGUCAGUCAGAGAAAGAUUCAGCGAUAUCCGAUUGUACAAAAGCCAUCGAAUUAAACCCCAGCUAUGUGAAGGCUUAUAUAAGGAGAGCACAAUUAUAUGAAGAGACAGAUAAGUUAGACGAAGCUUUGGAAGACUUCAAGAAAGUAUUGACGAUCGAUGCUAGUCACACAGAGGCUAAUCAUGCAAUCAGGAGGUUGCCUCCGUUAAUCAAUGAAAGGAACGAAAAGUUAAAGACAGAAAUGUUGGGUAAACUUAAAGACCUAGGAAAUAUGGUAUUGAAGCCUUUCGGUCUUUCAACAAAUAAUUUCGAACUGCAGCAGAAUCCUGCCGAUGGUGGUUAUUCCGUAAAGUUCAAACAGAACCCCUCGUAACAAGCUUAUAUGUUUCUUAUUUUUCAUAAAACUUAGACGUAAAAUGUCAUAUAUAUACAUAUAUAUAUUUACUUGUAUAUAUAUGUAUGUAUAUAAGAUACAUAUAUAUAUAUAUACCCUAGCUAAAAUAAUAUAACAAAAUAUAAAUAUUAAUAAAAUAUUUGCGUGAAGUUGUCAAAA